GAGACACUUUCGUUUUGUUCAGUCAGUUGUUUCCAAGAUCCCGAAGACAUGUCUACAGCCAUGGAUGUCCUCAAGUUUAAAGUUAACGGAAAGGAGCACACAGUUGGCAGCAAUGUGAGCUCCGAUGUGAUGUUGGUGGACUACCUCCGGAACUACCUCAACCUGCGCGGUACCAAGUACAUGUGUCGUGAAGGUGGAUGUGGAGCUUGCAUAGUGACAGCAUCCAAGACUGCUGGAGGACCUUUCGUGUCUGUUAACUCUUGCUUAGUCUCCGUUGGAUCUUGCCAUGGUUGGGAAAUCAAGACCAUCGAAGGUCUCGGUAACAGAAAAGAUGGCUACCAUCCCCUACAGAAGAGUCUUGCAGAAAACAAUGGUACUCAAUGUGGAUACUGCAGCUCCGGAUGGAUCAUGGCUAUGCAUGGUUUCAUGGAAUCGAAAAAGGAAGCAACUAUGAUGGAGGUCCAAAACGCAUUCGGCAGCAAACCUCUGCGUUGUACUGGAUACAGACCAAUUCUGGAGGCCUUCAAGAAGUUCGCGAAGGAUGCUCCUAAAGAAGACAGGCUCAUGAGUCUCUUAAGAACUUGAGCUUGU